AUGUUCCCCACAACCUUGUUGACCACUCUUCUCCUUGCCUUCUCCGUCGCAGCGAACCCCGUCGUCAUCGACAGGUCUCCUGUUACCUUGCAUCUAUCUCGUCGGGUGAAUGUGACAAGCAUUCACAACCUCCUUCGCCAUGAUCAGGUUCGUGCCAAAGCCCUCAAGGCAAAAGGCGCUGCCAAGGCAGCCGGAGUCCCUCUCGACACCCGCGCCAUCAUCAACGAGCAGGUCGAUAACCAGGCCGUCACAUACGUCGCGUCUGUUGGCGUUGGAAGCCCUGCUACUACUUACUCUCUGCUCAUCGAUACCGGAAGCUCGAAUACAUGGGUUGGAGCCGGCAAGGCUUACGUUCGGACAAGCACCAGCACUCAGACUAGAAACCGCGUGUCCGUUACCUACGGGUCCGGUUCUUUUUCCGGCACCGAAUUCACUGACCGGGUCACUCUCGCCGCUGGGCUUGUCAUUCCCCAGCAGUCAAUCGGUGUUGCUUCAAGAUCUUCAGGAUUCGACAGUGUCGAUGGCAUUCUAGGGAUUGGCCCAGUUGACCUCACGGAGGGAACUCUGUCGCCUGCGACAAAUUCCAUCGUCCCUACGGUCACCGACAAUCUAUUCUCUCAGGGUACCAUCACCAACAACGAGAUAGGGAUUUCCUUCGAGCCGACUACGACUCUGGAGGCGUUGAACGGAGAGCUAACCUGGGGUGGAACCGACAGCUCCAAGUUCACCGGUUCUAUCACCUUCAUUCCGGUCACCAACACUGAACCUGCAAGUUUCUUCUGGGGUAUCAAUCAAUCUAUUCGCUACGGAACCUCCACAAACAUUCUUUCUACCACCGCUGGCAUCGUCGAUACAGGAACGACGCUUAUCCUUCUUGCGACCGAUGCAUUCAACAAGUAUAGAACAGCAACUGGUGCUGUCGUAGAUAACACAGUUGGCCUUCUCCGCAUUACAACCGCCCAAUUUGCCAAUCUCCAGAGUCUGUUCUUUACGACUGGUGGCAGGUCCUUCGAGCUAACUGCAAACGCUCAAAUUUGGCCCCGUUCUCUCAACACUGCCAUUGGUGGGACAGCGAACUCUGUAUACAUCAUCGUCGCCGAUCUCGGAUCGAUCUCUGGAGAAGGCCUCGACUUUAUCAAUGGCUAUACCUUCCUCGAGCGCUUCUAUUCCGUUUUCGAUACCGCUAACAACCGUGUUGGUUUCGCCACCACACCUUUUACCACUGCGACCACAAACUGA